AUGUUUUAAUAAUUUUUAAACUGUUUCAAAAAUAAAUCAGCAAAGGAUGGUUCAAAAGAGUAUGAAAAAGAUGUACUUUCAUCAGUACUUGAUAUUAUACCAAAUUACUAAAGUAAAUUAGGAUUUAAGUUUUAGACAAAAGAGGAGAUACUACAGCUACUGAGAUUCGGAAAUAGGUAAAUUAGUCAGAUAAUCCUAAAGAAUCGAAUGAGAAUCUGAUAAAAUAUGAUGAUGAUGAUAAUCCUUAUUGUAGAUUUUCAUUGGAUUAUUUUGCUUUAAAUAAUAGGCUUCGAGUUUUUUGUAUUUAAAUCUGUUAAUCCAAACUAUUUUAAUGGAUUCAUUCUCUAUUAGUAAUUAUUUUAAAUAACUUUAGUCAAUUAUAGUAGUAUGUGUAUUAAUUGUUAAGCCUUAUAAUAAUGAAGAUAGUGGAUUAAAUAUUUCUAUAUCAAGCUAGGUGAUAAAUGGAAUAAUAAUUUCAUGUGAUGUAAUUUUUAGCAUUUAAAUUGUGAUAUCAAUAAUUUCUUAUGGGUAAUGAGUUAAGUUUAAAAUUUAGAAUGUGGAAUUGCAAAUAUGGAUAUUACAAAGACCCUUAUGCAUUCAUAAAUAGUAUAUGUUUAUUAUUUGCUUUGAUUUUACGACAAUCCUACUUAUACAUAUUUAGAGCAUUAUUUUUAGUGGAUUUUAUAGUUUAGACCAAAUAUUUCUAAAUUGUAAAGAAAUUAAGUAAUACAGUGAAACAUGCAUUAAUGAUGACAGCCUAUGUCAUAAUAAUAAUUACUUUAUUCACUUAUAUCUAUGCUACUAUGGGAGUUCAAAUAUGGAGUGAUUAAUUGCAUUAAUAUUGUGUAAAAGAUGGAUAGAUUGAUGCCUAUCCAGCUAGAUUAUGUGGAAUGGGUAGAAAAUGUUCAGAUGGAUAUGUAUGUUAAAGUGGAUAUUUUCAUUAACCAUUUACAUAAUAUGAUUAUAUUUCCUUUGAUGAAAUACCAAAUGCUUUACUUACUUUGUUUAUUUGUCAUUUUAUUGAAGGUUGGGUAGAAGUGUAAUAGAACUUAGCAGAUUCAUUUAAUAAAUAUGUUAGUUCAAUCUUUCUAUGGUCUUAUAUUAUUAUUGGAACUUUCUUUUUGUAAAACCUAUUAGUAGCAAUUCUUUUAAAUUAAUAUUAAAUGGAUUAGUAAGUUGAAGAAAUACCAAAAAUUAAAAUAAAGAGUUAAACAAAAAUUCAAAUUAGUAAUGAGAGACGUAGAACAUAUUUUUUAACUCCAGGUCAUUUAAGUAAGAGCAAAUAAAGAGCUCUUUAAUUGAUAUAAAAUUAACAUAAGAAAUCAGGAUAGAGAUCAUAAUUAAAAAUAAAAGUUAAAUUAAUUAUAUCAUCUAAUUAUGUUAAAUAUUUUUAUUCGCUAUUAUUUAUAACAAAUUUAAUCUUAUUUUCAUUAAAUGAUGAAUCAGCAUAUCAUAAUAAUUUUGAGAAUAAAAUUACAAUAAUUAAUUUAGUAUUUCUAUUGAUAUAUAUUAUGGAAGAUAUAGCAAGAAUAUAUGUUUGGAAAUAAAAAGAAAAUAAAUAUACUUUGCUUUUAGAAUUUAUAAUAGAUUUUAUUAGCAUAAUUAUUUAAGUUAGUGAUAUGACUAAUCCAUUUGUACUUUAUGCAUUUAAAGGUUUAAGAUUAUUAUGGUUCUUCAAUACAUAAACAAGUUGGUCAAACUAUAAAGUGUUAUUAUAAGCAUUAUAAAAGUCUUUUGUAAAUAUACCUAAAUUAAUUUUGGUGUUCUUAACAUAUAUGAUAGUUAUAGGAAUAUUGGGAAGAGAAUAUUUUGCUGGAUCUUUAGCCUUUGAUGAAUUAGGAAAUUAUGAUAAAUAAGGUUAAUAUUUACCUAGAGCAAAUUUUGAUAGUAUUAGAAAUACAGUAUCCUCUUUAUUUAUAAUAAUAUGUUCUGAUCAAUGGUAGAAUAUAUUUUACACAACUUUAGAAACAAAAUCUUGGAUACCUUAUCCAUUUUUUAUUUUGGUUUUAAUUUUAUGCAGAUUCUUCAUUUUAUCUUCAUUUUUAACUAUAAUGCUUGAUAAUUAUGAAGAAGCUAAAAAUGAAGCUGAUAAAUCUAAGGCUAGAGCUUAAAGGGUUAUUUCAUCUAUGUAAAGUAAUUAUUAUUAUAAUAAUAAAUUUAAUAGAAACAAAAAUAGUACCUGCUGUUUAGUUAUAAUAAUAAUAAUAAAAUUCUUCUUAGAUUGAUAAGAAAAGAUACUUUGGAAGAUUAUCUAAAAUGUCAGAUGAUAGUGAUGAUGAAGAACAAGAAUCUAAACAUUAAGUUUUACAAAGAUAAACAUCAAAAUUACCAUAAAUUACAAUUUUCAAAAGUAAUGAUGACAUUAAAGUAUCCAUUAGCACAAAUUAAUCAUAUAAGCAAUAUUUUAUGAAUUCAGCAUUAUUUGUAUUACAUAACAAAAGCAUUUUAAGAAAAAGAAUACAAUAAUUGAUAUAGAAUAAAUAUUUUGAAUGGUUGAUGAGUUCAAUAAUAAUAUUGAAUAUCAUUCUUUUAGGUUUAGAUCUACCUAUAUAUGAAUAAAAAGAUUUAAUAUAGAAAUUUAAUGUUAUCUUUACAAUAAUUUUUAUAUUUGAAAUUGUAUUAAGAAUGUUAGCUCAUGGAUUUAUUUGGAAUCAUAAUGAACCUAAUAGAGCAUUCAUAUAUAAUAAUUAAAAUAAUUUUGAUUUAGCUAUAUUAAUUGUAAGUUCUAUUAGUGAUCUAAAUCUUUAUAAUAGUGGAUAUUUAAAAGCUUUUCGUGCAUUGCGUACUUUAAGAGUAUUCUCAUCUGCUAGAGUAAUUAUAUAUAAUUGAUAUUUAGAGAGGAUCCUAAAGUGAAGAAUUGAAUUUGAUAUCUAAAUCAUUAUUUCAAACUAUAUCUUUAUUAUCAUCCAUGAUAUUUGUGACUGGUAUCUGUAUUUGGAUUCUAAGUAUCUUUUGUAUGACAAUAUGGAAAGGCAAAUUAUACUUUUGUACAAAUGUAUAAACAUAUGAUGACAUCUAUACAAAAUAAGAUUGUUUAGAUUAAAAUGGAGAAUGGAUUAAUAAUAUAACUAAUUUUGAUACUAUUUAAGAUUCAUUACUUUGUUUGUUUAGAAUCAUUAUUGGUGAAGGAUGGGCAAGUUAAAUGUUUUAUGUAUCAGACAUUACUGAAAGAGGAAUGCAUCCUAAAAUUAAUUCAUCUGCCAAUUAUUAGAUCUUAUAUUAUAUAUUAUUAUUCCUUUUGAAUAUUAUGCUAUUGAAUCUAUUCACUGGCUUAAUCAUUAAUAAUUAUAGAACUAUUAAAGAAAAUAUAAGUAAUUACAAAUCUCUCAAUGAACAUUAGAGAGAAUGGUUAUAAAUGAUGUAUAUUAUGCAAAAGAAGAAUCUAAUUAGAUUAAUUGAAAAACCAAGAAAUCGAUUCAGAUAAAUAUGUUACUCUAUAGCAACAUAUAAGUAUUUUGAAUUGAUUAUACUUAUUCUACUCUUAUUGAAUUUGAUAUUGUAAGAUGCUAUCAUAUUUUAGUUGUUCUGCCAAUGGUAACACAAUUAAUUAAACUACAAAAUCAGCAUUCUAUGUUCUAGACAUUAUUUUUAUUACAUUAUUUCAUAUUGAAGUAUUUAUCAAAUUUUCAGCCUUUUGGUAUUAUUAUUUCAAAGAUUCAUGGAAUAGAUUUGAUAUCUUAUUAUUGAUUUCUACAGAUGCCUUAUUAAUAUUGAAUGGUGAAAUAGAAAUGCCUAAGAUGUAUAUGAUUCCAUUAAUCAUUCGUUGUUUAAGAGUUCUCAACACUUAUAAAAUACUUAAAUUAAAUCGUUAACUCAAAGUUCUUAUUGAUGUCAUAUAAGAAAUUCUACCAACAUUAUUAAGUGUAGUUGCAUUUAUCAUUAUAAUUAUUAUUGUCUAUGCAUUAAUUGGAAUUCAAACAUUAUCUGUAGUUAAAUCAACUUCAUAAGAUGCCUAAUAUCCUUUUUAUUAAGAAAUUGGUUAAAGAAAUAAGAAUUUCUAGAAUUUUUGGGAUGCUGUCUUAAUUUUAAUAGAAAUUACUACAGGUUAAUAUUGGCCACUCUAUAUGUCAGAUUAUACUAUAGAUAAAGUUUAUUGUCAUUCCUAGAGUCCAGAAGACAUAUUAAAAGAAGGAGUAUAAGGAUGUAGUACCUUUUUUGGAUAUUUUUAUUUUAUUAGUUUUUUGGUAUUAAUAAGGAUAAUAAUGAUCUCAUUAUUUUUGGCUAUGAUAAUAGAAUCAUAUCAGGAAUGUUUGCUUGAAAAUACUGCAGUCAUAAAUCCUUAUUAAAUAGAAGACUUCUUUUUAAAAUGGUCUGAUUAUGAUCCUAAAGGAACUGGAUGGAUAACUCCUGAAGAUUUUGCAUUUUUAAUGUUUGAGAUGAAUCCUCCUCUUGGAUUUAAGGAUGAAAAUGCUUGUUUAUAAUUAUUUGAUUUUAAUUAAAGUAAUAAUAUUGAUUUAAUAUUAGAUCAUAAAAAAUAAUCAGCAUAUAUUUAUAAUCCUAGAACCAAGAUGCAUCUUAAAAAGAUUGAUAUCUUUAAGAAACUAAGUGAUUUUUAAGUUUUAAUAUAUUAAAAUGAGAUGAUUCAUAUAAAGGAUGUUUGUUUGUAGAUAGCUUAUAAUGCAGUAAAAAAAAAGAAUGCUUUACUUGGGAUUGAAUAAAUUGAAGAUAAAGUAGUAUUGAGAAAGAUUAGAAAAUCAUGGGAAGCUAAGUUUCCUGAUUUGGUUGAUUAGAAAUUUCUUCAUUUUGCAGUAGAUAUAUUUGCUUUUAGUUCUAUAAGUAAUAUAUUAAGAGGAGCAAUUGAAAGAAGAAAAGUGAAGAAGAGAAUCAAAGAAAUGCAAAAACAAAACAAUCUUAGGUAGUUAGAAAUAAAUGAGAAUGCUUAUUUAAAUACAAGGAAUGCUGAUAAUAUACUUCGUCAUAGAAGAAAGAGUCAAAUUAAUUAAAGAGUAUUCCCAUUUGCAUAAUCAUCUUAUCGUAAGAAUAAAUAAAGUCUUGAUGGGAAUGUUUCAAAUAGAAGAGUAGCUCGUAGAACUGAUCUAAUGCAAUAAUAAUAAUAACAAUAAUCAUCUUAAGUAGAAUCUAUUUCACUCUCGACACAUAACUUUUAUAUUGAUCCUUAAGAAACAAAUAAUGGAUUCCCUAUGAAAGUAGUACUAGAAACUUAGAAGAUAGAUUUCCCAAGUGAUAAUUCAUAACGUUCUUUUUUUGGAUAAAUGAAAUUAAGAGGGGAUAUUUCAUAAAGAAUGUCUGAUGAAGAAGGUAAUGAUUGAAAUUUAAUAAUUGAAAUUAAAAUUAUGUCUUAAUAAUAAAAAUCCAUGAAUGAUACUCUUUUCGAUACUAAAGUCUUAGAUAACUUUGAAUAAGAGUUUUAAUAAGUUCAUGAUGAUAUCAAUCCUAAAAUACAUUCACGUAUUGCACCAUUGAUCUUUGCAAUUAAAGGAUUAAAAUAAGAAAUCAAUCAAGUUUUCGCUGAUUUCAUUCGAGAAACCAAUAGAGCCACUGAUGUUAUGCGUAUUAAAGAUAUGUUUGAAGCAGUGUUAAUGGAAUAUAAUCUAAGAGAAAAGGAAAGUAAUAAAUUAAUGGAAGCCAUCUUACAAAAUGAUACUAAAUAAAUCAGGUAAAUCUCUCAAUUGCUCAAAGAAAUACAUGAACUCUAACAUGAGGUUAAUCAAUUUUAAAGAUAAAGUGAAGUCAAACGAUAAAGACAAUGUGGUAUCUUUAAAGGAAAUCCAACUGAUUUCAAAAAAUAAAAUACACAAAUUAUAGAUGAAACCAGCAUCUAUGAUUGGGUAGUUGAUAUAGAUUUUAUAACAUCUAUAAACAGUUCUGGAUGGAAAGUUUGGCUGUCCCCAAAAAUGAUUAACUAAGAAAUUAUAAACAUUAAAGCAUUAGAAGGAGCAACUGUUGCAGUAACUGGACUUUAUGAUAAAGGAAAGACCUUUGUUUUGAACAGUCUUACAAUGAGUAAUUUGCCAUCUGGAAAAAAGGUUACAACUAGAGGCAUUUCAUUUAAGCAUGUUAAUGUAGAUAAUGGUACAAAAUUGAUUUUAGUGGACACAGCUGGAACAUAUAGUCCUGUUAAAAUUGAAAAUGAAUUAUCUAUUGUAGAUAAAGAAGCAACAGAAACAUUUAUAUCUGAUUUAGUAUUUGAUUUAGCAGAUUACUUUUUAUGUGUAGUCAAUGAUUUUACUAGUCUUGAUCAAAGAUAUCUAGAUAGACUUAGUCGUAAUCUAUAACAAAGUCCUAAUAAGACAUUUAGAGAAAUUAUAGUCAUACAUAAUUUAAAAGAUGUUGAAUCACCUGAAAUAUUAGAACAUGUUUGGAGUACAUAAGUAACAUAAAUAUAUGCAAAUGGAACUCUAUAAAAAACAAAAGUAGCUGCUCUAAAUCCAAUCAAUAAAUAACUUUAAGAAAAACAUGUACUUUGGUUCAAGACUCCAUAUACUAGACACGUGUGUAUUGUGAAUGAUGAUUGUAAUUUAGGUAAGAGUCUAAAUCCUUGGGUAUUUUCACUUCUUAGAUAUUGGUUAAAAGCUGUUUUCAUACCUGUAAACAGAAGUUUUUCAGUUUUAGAUUGUUUGUUAAUUUAAUCAAGAUAAAAACUUGUUAAUUUUUUUAGAAAGAAUAUCAAAAUUGAUCUUUAAGACACAGAUGAUCCUUUGAUCAAAGUUAUUAAAACAGAAAAUGAAUUUCAUGAUAAAAUUCAAAUUCCUUAAGGAUAAGUUGAUAUGAGUGGUUUAAUUACAGGUUAAUAAGAUUCCUUUUAGCCUGCAACAGACAUUAUUGCAGGUGAUCAGUAUAUAAUAUUGAUGGAUGCUCCAGGAUUGACUAAUGAGGAUGUUGAUAUACAAAGACAGAAUGUUGUUACUUUGGUUAAGGGAAACAAAUAAAGACCUUAUAUUAAUCAAGGAUAAUUGGAGAAAAGUGAAAGAAAAUAUGGAGAAUUUACACUUACAUUUAAAGUAUAGAAUAAAUUAAUUAGAUUCCUGAUAUUUAUGAGAGAUAAUGGUCUUAUUUUGGUGUAGAGAAGGGAGUCAUUACAAUAAAAUAUGAUAAAGAUAAGGAUGAUAUUUGA